UUAAAGAAAUCAAAGGAAACUAUUUAUUUAGGAAUUAUCAAUAUGAGGAUGAUAUGGCUAAUGUUACUUCUCACCAUUAUUGUGGUGAAUGCUCAACGUCGACUUGCUCUUCCUGAUCCACGCAGUUGUGCCAAUCGGGUGCGGCAUGCCACUUAUAGGGAUGCUAGAGGUGUUGCACAUUCGUACUUUUUCAGUUGGGAACAUCAACCAACUAGAAAUCUCGAAGUAGAUUGGCUGGAUGCUCGUAAUAUUUGUCGCAGACACUGUAUGGAUGCAGUUUCUCUUGAAACACCGCAAGAAAAUGAAUUUAUUAAACAACGAAUAGCACGAGGAAAUGUAAGAUAUAUCUGGACAUCUGGACGAAAAUGUAAUUUCAAUGGUUGCGACAGACCAGAUCUUCAACCACAGAACAUUAAUGGAUGGUUCUGGUCUGGUUCAGGAGCCAAAAUUGGUCCAACUACACAGCGUAAUACUGGAGAUUGGAGUCACACUGGUGGAUAUGGUCAAGCACAACCUGAUAAUCGUGAAGCUGCUCAGGGUAACGACGAAUCUUGUUUAUCAAUUCUGAAUAACUUUUAUAAUGAUGGAAUUAAAUGGCAUGAUGUAGCUUGCCAUCAUCGAAAACCAUUUGUCUGCGAGGACAGUGAUGAACUUCUGAACUUUGUGCUUUCUAGAAACCCUGGCAUUCGUCUUUAAAUUUUUAUAGCUUCUGUUAUUUUUCGAAUAUUAAGUACCUAAAAUUGUUUGAUUGGACAAGAAUAAUUGUAAUAAAUUUCAUUUCUAUUUUUUAAAUUCUAAUUUAUGUAUGAUAAUCUAUUGAUUGUAAUUGAAAAUUAAAAUUUUUUUAUUCAUA